CAGUGGCUUCGAACAGAAACGAAACCUAAAUAAUAUCUUUUUUGUUUUUCUUCAAGAUUUCCAAGACAACGACGAGUGCAAAUAUGGCACCACGUAUAAGUCCGCUGCACCUCGGCACAGUCAAUUAUAUCUGAAACGGCAUCCGACAGAGAUUUACAGGUGACAUCCAGGUUGUAUGUCUGUAGAGGCAGCAUUAUGUGCUAUAAGAUGGCGAGGAAGAAGCUGUUUUUUGCUAUAACGGUGAUGUUUUCUGUUUUUGGGGUUUGGGCAUUGGUCAUGGAGCUGAAUAUCCUGAAUUACUGUCGUAUUUGCCCCAAGACAAACACUUAUUAUUUCAUCGACUUUGAGGAUGUAAAUAAAACAUUUACUCUGCUGCCAAAGGUGAACUGCAAAAAGACCCGUCCGUAUUUGGUACUUCUAAUAACCUGCACCCAUGAUGAAAAGGAAGCCAGAAUGGCAAUACGUGAAACAUGGGGGAGGAGAAGACGCAUAGCUGGCAAGCUUGUUUCUUCCUACUUUCUUUUGGGGAUAAGCACAUACCAGGACCUAAAAUCAGAAGCAGAACUUGUUAAUGAAAGCAGCACUUACAAUGACAUUAUUCAGAGACCUUUCAUAGACGCCUAUUACAACUUGACCUUGAAAACCAUCAUGGGGAUUGAUUGGAUUUCCGAGCACUGUCCUGAGACCAAAUUUGUCAUGAAGACCGACUCGGACAUGUUUAUUAACACAUUCUACCUGGUCCAGCUGCUGGAGAAGAAAAAUCAGUCGUCUAACUUCUUUACUGGCUUUCUCAAACUGAAUGAGUACCCCAUACGCAAUAUCUUUAGCAAGUGGUACGCCAGUGAAAGAGAAUACCCAGGAGUCAAGUACCCGCCAUUUUGUUCAGGGACUGGAUAUGUCUUUUCUAUAGACGUCGCCCAAAAGAUUUACAACAUCUCCAUGACAGUGCCGUUUUUCAAACUGGAGGAUGUCUAUUUAGGGUUAUGUCUUGCCAUAUUGGACAUUCAUUUAAAGGAACUUCAUACGGAGCAAACAUUUUUCCCGGAGAAACAGACAUUCUCCGCUUGCAGAUACAGUAAACUUGUCACAUCCCAUGGAGUCAAACCAAAUGAGAACAUUGUAUACUGGAAUUUACUUCAACGGUCAAGAGCUGAAAAAUGCAAACUAGAACUUAACCACAUGACUAGCUAGUAUACUAAUAACAUGGCUGUGCCUUGGAAGAGUAUCCUAUAGAGGCUGUGCUCACCAUGGCAUCACUGUUGAUGUCCUCAGAAAAGUCUUCUUGGAUUUGGUUGUUGCAAUCCAAACAGCAGGACAUUUUUGCUAUGUUUACCUACGCUUAACCCACGUGGGGUUGAAAGAGAUGGAUCAGUACCAUCAGUAGAUUACAUACACAAUGCAACCAAAUUAUUUGUUUAGUUUUACACUUCUUAAAUUCCUUUUUUCAGUAUUCCAAAUGUUGGAAUGGGCUUACAACUUGCAAUAAUUACAGUAAACCAAGGGUAUUUCUGAAAUGGACCAAGGAAUAGGAGGAAUUGUCUCAAGUCCCAAGUCAGUGUCUAAUGGUCUUCAGAAGUUCUCAAGAACUCAUAAUUAAAUGAAAUCAUAAUUAUACUAGUAAUAUGGAAUUUUUAUACUUUUUAUUUUUUUUACUAAAUUAAUUUAUUCUCAUAAGUGGAUAGAUAAGUAAAGUCCUCGGAUAUGGCUUAGACGGUGUUAGACCUAAAGGAAUUUAUGAAAAUACAUUUUGUAUAGUUUGGUAUUGCAGUGGGUUUACCGGUAAAUAAAUAAAACCAAAUACAUGGCUUGUGAAGCACAAAAACAUCCACUUUGGCAUGGGCAAGUCUAGACCCAAAGCUGCCCAAGGGAACCCAGAGGGGCCCACAUCCAAGAUAUCUGAAACAUGUUCAAUGGUUUGUUAUUUGCAGUGUCAGAUUAAUAUAAUAUAAUUAUGUUCUAAUUGGUGUCACCGAGACCUGGUGGGACGAAACAUAUGACUAGGCUGUGAUUUUAAAAGUUUACACCCUUUUUAGGAGCGACAGAGGGAUUAAAAAGGGUAGAGAAGUGUGUUUGGUCAUUGGUGUAUGUUAUAAACCACCUCGUAUAAGUGUUGAGUAUGAAGCCCAGCUACUCUUACAGAUACCGCUGGUUCAAGUUGUUACUAUGGGUGACUUCAAUUAUCCAGAGAUUGGCUGGCUAUUUCAGUUCGUUCAAAAACCUACUAGGAAUAACUCUCUUUUGGACCUUGUUAUAACUAAUAAUACUGAAUUCAUUGAUAGCAUUUGUGUGGGUGAGCAUUUAGGGAAUAGUGAUCAGAACAUGCCAUACCUUGAAAUUAUGUUGCAGAAACAACACAAUAAGGGAGAAACUAAAACACUAAACUUUAGAUGUGCAAACUUUGCCAGUAUAAGGGCAUCUCUGCAAAACAUAUCAACUGGUGGAAGGCUUUUCACAGGGUUAAACAUAGAAGGAAAAUAGAAUGUCUUUAAAAUGUUGCUUGAUAAUUAUACAUGUUAGUAUAUUCCACUUUACUUAAUUUUUCAGGAUUCAUUAAGGUCUGGCAUGUUGCCAAGAGAUUGGUUAAUUGCUAACGUAGUGUCGCUAUUCAAAAAGGGAUCCCGUUCUCAGCCUCAAAAUGAUAGGCCAGUUAGUCUGACAUCAGUGGUAGGAAAGCUUUUGGAAUGGCUAUUAAGGGAUAAAAUACUUGACUGAGUUUGUGCCAGCAUGGUUUUAUGCAUAACAGAACUUGCCAAUUUCAUUUACUUAUUUAAUUGCCUUUUAUGAGAAGGUGAGCAGGAACCUUGAGUCUGAAACGGCAGUGGAUGUGAUCUACGUAGACUUUGCUAAAGCAUUUGAUACAGUACCACACAGAAGGUUACUGGUUAAAUUAACGAAUAUUGGCCUGGAACAUACUUUUACAUGGAUAGAGAACUGGCUGAAGGAUAGAUUACAAAAGGUGGUGGUAAGUGGAGGAUUUUCUAAUUGGAAUUUUCUAAAACUGUUGUUAGUGGAGUACCGCAGGGAUCUGUCCUUGGUCCUUUGCUUUUCAACUUGUUUAUUAAGGAACUGGACAUUGAAAACACACAUGAUACUAAAUUUUGCAGAACUAUUUGCACAAUACUGCCACUUUGCAGAGUGAUUUGACUACAUUGGAAAUUGGGAAACAAAUUGGAAAAUGAGGUCCAAUGAUAAUUAUUCUGCAUUUGCAUGCAAUCUCAUUUUUGUGGUAUGAUAGGUUUUUGAAACCACAACUAUACUCACAACUCUAUAACUAAUAAUGUCAUGAGAUUUAUAAAAAAUCCAAAUAAAAAAAGUACAAACAGGAAAUUAUGCUGAGCUCUCGUCUAAAAAAAUCUGAAUACCUCAAAAACCUCUAAAAAUGUGAGUUUUUCGGCCAAUUCCUAGGCAAAAAAAUACGGAAAGCUCCAAAAUUGGUCUAGAGCGAUCCAAAAAGAUCAGCGCAGCUCCCAGUGACUUCUAUAAGGACCUCGACAACUUUUACCUGGAGAAGUUUAGUCUUAGUGGUUUUCCUGGUUUUAACACUUAAUAAAUCUUGAAUUUUUAGAACUUUUCAAAAUGAUGAGAAAACCACAAUUUUUUAGAGAGAUU